GCUUCCGGUCAUGCGAUAUCUCCCGGUGGCGUCAUAGCUAAGUGUUUAGCUUCUCUGACAGUUGGAAACUGACCCUUUGAGGGCAAGGAGAGGUCCUUCAAAGGUUCACCGUGAUGGUAAUCUUUCUUAUCUUCUAUAGCGCAGUCUUACUGACAGUAUGGGGACAACCAACUUUAUAUCCUCUGUCUAUCCACGCCUGUCCAAAUGAGACUGUGACAUACUAUUGUCAUGGAAGUCAGAUUAGUGUAAUUGCGUGGAAAGUACCACCUUACAUUCCCUUGGCAGACCCAAUUCAGUAUGCUGCAGAAUUGCUCGUUGCUAUACACAUGAAUCGUGAGGAUAAAUUCUUUGCUACCCUAACCAAUGUCACGAGGUUGAAUGGGAGUGUGGCAGACAUGACUACUAGUCUAAUGAUAAUAGCGUAUGGGAUACAGAAUAAGACAAACAUCUCCUGUCAAGUGAUAACAAGAGACUUACAGUAACCUCAGUCAUCAUCAACAUUGUAUUUAACAGGUUUGCCACUUAAAGAUUUAUUGAAAUACA